UUUUGGAUAUGUGAAGACGUUUGACUGCUGGAUUACCAUUGUAGUGUGAUGCAAUCUCCUCUGCUCCCUGGGCCACUUCUGUUUUUGCACCGGAAGAAAUUAAUGGGGCCAAAUUUGCAACGGCCAGAAAAUUGUCAAAAGAGGAAAAAAGAGCUUGACGACAGACGUCAUAUUGACCCUCAGGAAAAUGAGUUGAAGUACAACCCAAAGUAUGAAGAACUAUUUGCCCCAACACUUGGUCCACACAGGCCAGAAGACUCCAAAUACCAAGAAGUAGUUCGAAACACACUCGCUGGCUAUGUAGAACCAGCUCACUUCAAUUCUUUUGAGUUUGAAUCCCAAAGACGUACUUUCACCUCUUAUGGUUAUGCAGUUGAUCCCUCUAUAUCAGGAAAUCCUGAUGAUGGCCGUAGGUAUGUGGGUGAUGUGUCUGCAGCAAAGGAAACUUCAGGUAUUACAGUAUUUGAAACCAAACACAAACCUGACCAACCACCAAAACGUAAGCGUGACAAGAAUGAUGACGCUAGCGACAUUGAUGGAUUCCAAGGGCCUUGGGCCAAGUAUGAAAAUGAACAGACAGUAAUGAGACCCUCAGAGGAAGAGCAGCAUGCCUUAGAUGAGAUUUUGGCCAAACGACAGAAAAGAGGAAAGCAAACAGAUGACAAACCUAUUGAAGAAAAGUCACUAUUACACAUUAAGGAUGCAUACGAUUAUCAAGGACGAUCUUUCUUGCAUAUUCCCCAGGAUGUGGGAGUCAAUUUGAAAUCCCCAGAACCUCCAGAAAAAUGUUUCAUGCCCAAGAAGUUGAUUCAUACAUGGAAAGGACAUAACAAAGGAGUUUCAGCAAUACGAUGGUUCCCAAGGUCAGGACAUUUGAUGCUGUCUUGUUCAAUGGACACAAAAAUUAAAAUAUGGGAGGUUUACAACACUCGACGUUGUAUUAGAACAUAUAUGGGUCACAAGCAAGCAGUCAGAGAUGCUUGCUUUGAUAUUGAAGGUAAACAGUUCCUUUCAGCAGGGUAUGAUAGGUUUAUUAAACUUUGGGACACUGAAACAGGAGAUUGUGUAUCUAGGUUUACAAGUAGAAAAAUCCCUUAUUGUGUUAAGUUUCAUCCUGAUGAAGAUAAACAAAAUCUUUUUGUUGCUGGAACAUCAGAUAAGAAGAUUGUCUGUUGGGACAUACGGACUGGUGAAAUUGUACAGGAGUAUGAUCGGCAUUUAGGGGCAGUCAAUUCCAUCACAUUUAUUGACGAGAACAGAAGAUUUGUAUCAACAUCAGAUGAUAAGAGUUUACGUGUGUGGGAGUGGGAUAUCCCAGUGGAUUUCAAGUAUAUUGCAGAUCCCACUAUGCAUUCUAUGCCAGCAGUGACACUUUCUCCUAAUAAAAAAUGGCUGGCUUGUCAAAGUAUGGACAAUAAGAUAGUAAUAUUCUCCGCCCUAGAUCGUUUCAAAAUGAAUCGCAAAAAAACCUUUACAGGACACAUGGUUGCUGGAUAUGCCUGCACUCUUGAUUUCUCACCUGACAUGUCUUACUUAGUGUCUGGUGAUGCUGAUGGAAAAGCUUAUGUCUGGGACUGGAAAACCACUAAGUUGUAUCAGAAGUGGAAAGCUCAUGAUGAUGUUUGCAUUGGAAUACUAUGGCAUCCCCACGAAACCAGUAAGAUAGCCACUGCUGGAUGGGAUGGACUCAUAAAAUACUGGGAUUAAUGUAAUUAUCUAGUUAUGAAGAUGCUUUAGUUGUGUAUUUGGUUAAAGCUCAUAUUCUUGUUGCUUUUCGAUCAUGUAUGUUGAGCAUUGUUUUAAAACGUGUUAAAAGGUUCGUGAUAGCAGAUGUUGAUGUGAACUAUGGUCUUGGUUUUGAAAUAAUGUUUUGUCAACUUUCCUUGUAUCUGAUAAUUCACUUUUUGGAAUCAUGCCUCUCAUCAGUUUAUUAAGUUCCAAAUAUUGACAGAUGUUAACACCAGAUAGACUGAAAAUCUAUCUGUGGAACAAAAGGGAUUGUGCUACGGUUCUGAAGGGGUACAAAAGCACUUUUUCACUAAAAAUUAUAUUGGUCAUUAGUUGUGUUAUUAAUCCUAACUACCAAUUAUAUUCAAGAUAGUUUUGCUGUGAAAACAGAAGCAUUAUCAAUAAAGAGGCUGACGUUUUACUAGAUAUUUCAGUAUAUUCUACAUAUGAAGGGGGUUUGGAACCAACAAAACAUGUUUAUGCGUAGGUGUGGGCCUAUGUCUUUGUUCAAUCUAUUGUGUGGUGUUCUAAGAUGUGCAUUACAUAAUCCCAUAUGUACAGUUUGGGUAAAAAUGAUUGACGCGUCCUAUAGAUCCUACUGCAUGCAUGCAAUACCUCGGAAUACUUAUUCACUACGAUGCUGUGAUGUGCUUGAUUGAUGUUUUUAAGGGUUCUAAUACUUGGUGCGACCCCCACGCUUCUUUUUAACUGCUUGAAGUCGUCCUGGAACACUCUUGGCUAAGUUUUCAAGGAUGGUUUCGGGAAAGUUCUCCCAAAUUUCUCUGACCUCUCUCUCUAGUUUUUCAAGACCGGAGGUGUCGCAGUCCCUUAAUUGUGCUUUGAUGAUGCCCCACAAAUUCUCAAUGGGAUUGAGAUCGGGGCUAUUGCCAGGCCAGUCACCAAGAAAAGGGAUUUUACAGAAUUUAUGGAGAUCUGUGACUGUUUUUGCCCUAUGACAAGGGGCACCGUCCUGCAUGAACACC